AUGAACACAACUUUGAAAAAGCAGUUCCUUACAUUUAUAUCAUUCAAAUUAGCCCGCAAGGGGAGAAGUGUAACUAAGAAGCUUUUCAAGUUUCAAAUAUCCGAGGACUCGGCGGUUGUUACGCCGUUGGCUCCCCGCACACCACUCUACGAACUCUUCUCAAAAAGGUCCAAUCGUAGGAAGGGGAGGCUCUCCAAUAGAACGAGGUGCAUUGUUGUACUGCAGAGGAGAUUAAGACGCAAGGAAGAGCCAUUCCAGGUUUUAAGAUCUGGAGACCUCAACAGACUUUUUUGUGAGUCUGACUCAACUCCCAAGGCUAAGCCGAGGAAGUUGUUUUCCAAGACUCCAAAAAUUAAAUCACUUUUACUCAAACUAAAAUCGAGGAAGUCAAGGAUUAACAAUAAACUAAACGCAGUAAUCUCUGACGACUCAGAUGUUCAGAAACCACUCGGUGCAGUGGUUUCUCAUGUCCCUGGUGCCGUGGUCUUACCUAGUAAGGCACGUGCUCUCAAGGGAGGCGUCUCUAAACUAAAAAGAAAGCUCAUUUCACUAAAGCGGAGGUCACAACAGAAAAAGACGCCAUUCCAGGUUUUAAGAUCUGGAGACCUCAACAGACUUUUUUGUGAGUCUGACUCAACUCCCAAGGCUAAGCCGAGGAAGUUGUUUUCCAAGACUCCAAAAAUUAAAUCACUUUUACUCAAACUAAAAUCGAGGAAGUCAAGGAUUAACAAUAAACUAAACGCAGUAAUCUCUGACGACUCAGAUGUUCAGAAACCACUCGGUGCAGUGGUUUCUCAUGUCCCUGGUGCCGUGGUCUUACCUAGUAAGGCACGUGCUCUCAAGGGAGGCGUCUCUAAACUAAAAAGAAAGCUCAUUUCACUAAAGCGGAGGUCACAACAGAAAAAGACGCCAUUCCAGGUUUUAAGAUCUGGAGACCUCAACAGACUUUUUUGUGAGUCUGACUCAACUCCCAAGGCUAAGCCGAGGAAGUUGUUUUCCAAGACUCCAAAAAUUAAAUCACUUUUACUCAAACUAAAAUCGAGGAAGUCAAGGAUUAACAAUAAACUAAACGCAGUAAUCUCUGACGACUCAGAUGUUCAGAAACCACUCGGUGCAGUGGUUUCUCAUGUCCCUGGUGCCGUGGUCUUACCUAGUAAGGCACGUGCUCUCAAGGGAGGCGUCUCUAAACUAAAAAGAAAGCUCAUUUCACUAAAGCGGAGGUCACAACAGAAAAAGACGCCAUUCCAGGUUUUAAGAUCUGGAGACCUCAACAGACUUUUUUGUGAGUCUGACUCAACUCCCAAGGCUAAGCCGAGGAAGUUGUUUUCCAAGACUCCAAAAAUUAAAUCACUUUUACUCAAACUAAAAUCGAGGAAGUCAAGGAUUAACAAUAAACUAAACGCAGUAAUCUCUGACGACUCAGAUGUUCAGAAAACAUCCAAGAGAAAGCAUAAUAAGCUGAGGAAGUACUUCUCAAGGAUGAAAGCAAGGUGGUCACUAAAAUUUCAAAAACUCACCUCACCCAUCUUGACCUUCGAUGAAUCAUUGCACGAAGAGUACAAAGACGUAAUUAGGCUUCUGGAGCAAUAUGAUUGGCGCCUCAUGCCCAAAAUGAAUAUCCGCUCUCUUUACACAGAGCUCAUUACUGAGCCCGUUGUGGAGGAGUGCGAAGUCAAGGUUCACGAGUUCUCAGAACUCGGCGACGGGCACGAGAAUGCCUCUGACAAUUCAGAGAUUGUCGAAAACGACGAAAUGGCCUUCGAGCCCAUCGAAGAAUCUGAAAUAGAACAGGGCACUUCUCUGGACGUUCUUUUUGAGGGUAAUCUGGAUCUCAAGUUACAGUUCUUUCACGAGGAGGAAUUAACCGAAAGGUUUAUGAAUGAACCUAGCCUAGCAACCCUCCUUACUGCUCGUUUUGGAUUAUGGGAACCUGAAUCACCCGAACAGGAGAAACCUCAAGGGGAAGGACAACCCGUUAACAACGAGCCCAUAAAUCAACUUCAAUAUCCACAAGAACCUGUGCCAGAAUCACAAUGUGUAGACGAGCUUUUUGAAAGCCAAAGCACACAAGAUUACCUUCAAGAAAAAACUAUGCCAGAAUCACAAUGUGUAGACGAGCUUUUUGAAAGCCAAAGCACACAAGAUUACCUUCAAGAAAAAACUAUGCCAGAAUCACAAUGUGUAGACGAGCUUUUUGAAAGCCAAAGCACACAAGAUUACCUUCAAGAAAAAACUAUGCCAGAAUCACAAUGUGUAGACGAGCUUUUUGAAAGCCAAAGCACACAAGAUUACCCUCAAGAAGAGCGUCUAGAUGAAGAAGAAGCCCUGGAUGAACUUGUAGAUGAACUAAAGGAAGAACAACCUCUGGAAGAACCAUCAGAAUCAGUAGAGGAACUAGAGGAGGAUCAACCCCUGGAUGAACUUGUAGAUGAACUAAAGGAAGAACAACCUCUGGAAGAACCAUCAGAAUCAGUAGAGGAACUAGAGGAGGAUCAACCCCUGGAUGAACUUGUAGAUGAACUAAAGGAAGAACAACCCCUGGAUGAAUCAUCACAACCUGCAGAGGAACAGCCUACAAAGGAACACACUGAAGAAUCACCAAAACUAGAACUACCCCUGGAGGAGAGUCAUCUUGAAGGAAAACGAACUGGAGGAGAAAAGGACGUUUCAUCACUGAAUGAUAUGAAACUCAGUAAUGGAGAGCUUUCAAUCCUCUCUGAGUUGGCUGACGUCAUCUCCACCGAUGAAUCAGUCUGCAGGCCACUACACGAGGACGAUGAAUCUUCGUGUAGUACGAAUACAUUUAGAAAAGAAGAUUGGUCCUGGUACUAUGAACGACAGGAAACUCCUGAUCAUCCUCUAGUUAUUCAACAACAACCACUGGAGGAAACUGUAGACAUCAUAGAGGACCAACUAAUUUUACCGCAAGAAUUUCUACAAACAUCACAAUCAAGAGAGGAACAACAACCCCUGGAUGAACCACAAUCAGUGGAGGAACUAGAGGAACAACAACCCCUGGAUGAACCACAAUCAGUGGAUGAACCACAUCUACCCGAACAGCCUCUAGACGAACAACCAGUAGAGGAACUAGAGGAACAACCUCUAGACGAACAAUCCGUGGAGGAACUAGAGGAACAACAACUACCCGAAGAAAGUCUAGAAACAUCACAAUCAGUAAAUGGACAUAAUGGUUCUGGCCCAGAUUUACCCCUGGAUUCUGGCAGAAUCCGCGGUAACAUGGGACUUUUGAACCAGUACGGGCUUAUAAGAGAUCCCUCCCAAACAACCAGAGCCAGCAUCGACAUCAUGAACUGCAAAGAAGGCCCGUGCAGCUGGUACUACAUACCAACCACCUACGAGGAACGCUACAACACAGCACACUUCUACAGGACUGGCCGUUACGGUGUGAUUCCAGCUAGCAAGACAAUUCUCGAGAGUGACUACAUGGGCGGUCUGCUAAAAGACAUAAAGUUCAAAACACUCAUCCUCAGGACCAUGCUGAGCAACAUGAGAUCGGACCUGACGAAGUUGUCACAAGCCUCAAUGACAAGCUUCAGCUCACCCUUCCAGUGCCACCUCUCCCCUAGCGGCAUCGAGGAGCUGCUCUACAAGAUUGGCUACCACUGGGACAUGACCAAGUCACGGCUGCACGAAAUUAUUGACCACGUGGCCCUCGCAAACGAGCUUGCGAGCAUCGCAGAAUACAUCCCGGAUGACGUCGCCGAUUCCGUGGACAGAAUCAACAGGUUCCUCUCUAGGAUGAGGAACGAGUACGACAGCGUGAUGGAAACCAUGCGAGUGACCAAUGCCUGCGUCCUCUUCGACCUCAACAAGGAGUGCAAAGCUCUGAGAAAAGAGACGGUGCAGCAGGGGAGGGCGGCCACUAAGGGUUGCAACCACCGUGGACAGCCGGGAAGAAGCCACUUCCACAUGAAGGCCCACGAAUCCAUGUACGAGCACUUCUCCCACAUCAACGGAAGAAGAUGCACUCCCAGGCUGAGAAUCCCGGCUCCAAACGCAACGACAACUCCCCCUGAGCGGAGUUUUACACCACUAAGGCGAGCCUUAGAGCUCUAA